AUGAUCGGCACACCUAUCGAGCAACUCACAACUGCGCAGAUAAAGGAUGAGCUACGCAAACUCUACAACUUCAGGGACUUCUCGGACUGCUUAGAUCAGAAGGACCUGCAGGCUAAACUCACCACAACACGUAAUACGCAGCUGAUCACCCAUGGACUGCGGUACGGGCCUCUGCUGCAAAUAGGCAACAGACAGAAUCCGUCUGGUGUGGUGACGCUUUCGCAUGGAUUGGGCGACUCGGCCCACGGCUGGGAGGGUGUGGCGGCGGAGCUGGCGCGUGGACUGCCGCACCUGCUGUUCCUGCUGCCGACGGCCCCGAUACGGCCCGUCACGAUCAAUGGCGGCAUGUCGAUGAACGCGUGGUACGACAUCAAGGACCUCCUUGGUGAGUCAUCGAAAGCGCGUCAAGAAGGUGAGGAGGUGAUGGCCUCUGCCGACUACAUCAAGAGUCUCGCGUACACUGCAACGCAGCGGUACCGCAUCCCCAGCAACCGCGUUGUGUACGGUGGCAUUUCACAAGGGGCUGCAGUAUCGCUUGCCACGGGGCUGACGGCACUCAUUGCGCCGGCCGGUGUGGUGGUGCUGUCAGGUUAUCUCGCUGGCAGCAGCGAAGUGCUGCCGCGGCUGCGCAACAAAAGCACGCCUAUUCUCAUGUGCCACAGUUCACAGGACCCCAUAGUGUCGUUUGAAAUGGCGCAGAAGGCAAAAGAGGCACUAGAGAGUGCCGGGGUCUCUUCAAUUACAUUCAAGUCAUACCCUAUAAAACACUCAUCGUACCCAGAGGAGCUGAAAGAAUUUGCAAAAUUCUUGAGGACCGUGCUGCCACCUCAGCAAUCCAAGGCGUAG